AUGAACAUCCAACAAGCGCGGCAGCCAGACCCGAGCUUCGCUCGUACAAGAGCGCUCAUGGUCAACAUAUUCUCCAUGACCACAGAAGCGCUACAUCUGCGCUUCCGCCCCAAAUGGGAUAUCAGUCCCGGAAUUCUCGCUCGAGAGCGAAGGUCCGUGACAGACGAGAGCUUCAAAGCAUUCAAGUCGCACAACUACUGCGUCUUUGCGUGCAAGCUCCUAGCCAGUCUUUUGGCUUGGCUAGUCGAGGAACUACGCCUUCCAAUCGAUGUCGAAGAGGUGGAGAUACACGGGGUCUACGAGAUCAAAGCCGUCGUCUGCAUCGAGAGCUCGACCGGCAGGAGAAGGCGGAUCGCCAAAGUACAUACGGUUUUCAAAAUCACCUCCCCCAACGACGAUGGAGAGGGCGUCUACAUCGACCCCUCAGCGCCCCAGUACCUACGACCCGCGGGCGUAUACCCCGUCAGAGAAUACCCUGCAUACCCGGACGAGGAAGUGAAAGUGCCGAUAGAGUUCUUCUCCUUGGGAUACAAUUACUCCCAACACCUCAACAGCGUUCACGAGAACGAAGCCAGUUCGUCACGUUCCCGCACCCUGCGCAUAGUAUUCCGAACCGAAGCGAUCGUGCGAACGGUCAACAACCGGGUAUACCAGAAGAUGACUGGCUGCGCAUGGAAGGACAUCAUCAGGGGCGGCAAUGAUGACAAGUGGGGUACUCUGGAGCAUGAUAUCCUGAGCUCACUCAAGGCGGAUCUCGACGUCCUGGUGAACUACCUCGACAACAAGUACAUCCCGGGCAAUCUCGACAGGAACACACACUGGAAAGCCCUGGCUAAACCCUGCAUGGGUGCCGGUCAUGCAAAGGUCAUGGAGUCUUUGGAGCGAGCGUCGGGACUCGGGGUGACGCGGCAUCAACUUUCUUAG